AUGAAACCGCCACAGUUUCAUGGGGGAUUGAAUCCAUUGAAGGAUGAAGCAUGGGUCCUUGGCAUAGAGAAACUAUUUCAGGUGGUUCCUUGCCUUGAAACACAAAAAGCAUUACUAGCCACUUUUACACUUAAAGAUGAGGUAAAGAGGUGGUGGAUGUUGAUAUGUGAAAGUAAUAAAGAUAUUGGCUGGGCACGGUUCUUGGAAAUUUUCUACAACAAAUACUUUCCACAGUGUGUUCGUGACAGGAAAGUAUCGGAGUUCAUGGAACUUAAGCAAAACAACAUGACCGUGGCUGAGUAUGAAGCCAAGUUUACUAAGGUCGCUAGAUUUGCACCACAUAUGGUCGAUACCGACUAUAAGAAAUUGAGGCACUUUGAAAGAGGGCUCCGAGAUGAUAUCUUAGAGAAAGUGAAUGUACUUAAGUUGGAAACCUAUAUCGAGGUGUUAGACCAGGCCAUAAUAUCAGAAGCUAGCAUAGCCAAGCAGACCAAAUCAUCGACUGAUUGGAAAAGUAAAAAGCAAGGCUUCUUUUCUAAGAAAAGGUUUUCAAAGAAACAAAAUACAGGCUCCUCAAGCACUUCAAAUUCUUCCAGAGAUACGUCCCCAAUGUGCAACAAAUGUGGUAAAAAACAUCGUGGGGUUUGCUACUGUGUAUUAGGGGCCUGCUUUAAGUGUGGUAAAAUAGGGCACAUGGCCAGGGAUUGUAAUCAAAGCAAUGGAAAGUUAGCUACUAGCUCAACUGCAUUGAUCCCAAAACUGGGAAACACUAUGAGGCCUACUACCACCGGAGACACCGUAAGACAAGGGAGAGUCUUUGUGAUUGUUCCGGGCGAUAUGUGGAACACAAAAGCCGUUGUCUCAGAAUUGAAUAGUAUCCCCAUUAUUAGCGUGUUUCCAGAUGUAUUACCAGAUGAAUUGCCAGGGGAAUUGAUUGACAGGGAGAUAGAGUUUACUAUUGAAGUUGUGCCAAGCACUCAGCCUAUUUCAAAAAUCCUUUACAGAAUGGCUACUGCUGAAAUAAAAGAACUGAAAGAACAAUUGCUAAACUUGCAUCCAUAG